UCGAACUGCGCUGUGGUCGGCAUCACGAUGGAAUCUGUGGAGCACGCUGCUGCCGUACAGCCCGUCGUGGCCCAAGGACCUGGCACUCCACUGUCCACAACUCAACAGCCUCCUCUCUAAGUAGGUAGACAGUGCAGCACGAUCUCCCCGUUUCGACACAUGUCAAAGUGGGCUAGGGCGUUUCAGUGUGAUUAAUCAGCAACGUCACGUGCUCGUCAAUCCCGAUUCGGCGAGCUCCAAUGCGUGUGAAGCUCGAAAAGCCCAUCGAUGCGCAGAAGCACGCUUGAUGCGACGUCCGCCCAUUGUCUGCCGCCGAGCAGUACAGUCGAUCCAGUCGCCUGCCCUGCAACACGCCUGGGUUCCUGACGACGUCCUGUCCCUCGCCGUCCACCGGUUUUUCCGCAUCUCGUGUCCACACCAGAGACGCCAUGGCAGCAACGUACCCGGCCCGCUGGAGGCCAGGCGGAGGGCAACAAAGCGUCGCAUGACUGCCUCAGCAAACUUCUACCCCCAAGACGGCUUUCCCCCGCCCUUGAGCCUUGCAGCGCUGUUUGGCUUUCGCUCGAGUCCCCAGCCAUCUUGGAGAUAUGAACCACCUUCCCCGCCUAAGAACGUGGAGCCAUUGGACUUGCCCCUAGAUCCUCCAAUACCGCCAUCCUCUGUCCGUCAGCCAGCCAGUCCAAGCGCAAAUGAUCCCCACCAAUCCGCGACCCCACUUUCUUUUUCGCAAAACAUCACACAAACCGCCGUCCCAGAACCAGCAACUGCGCUUGCCUGCGAGACAAGAGUAAACGAUGCGCCAGGAACUGUCGACACAAGCCAGUCCAUGUCGGCUGACCCGGCCAACGAUGAGCAUCAAGUUGCCCUCAUGGCAGCGCGUGCUGCGAACGUAGAGGACGAGCUGUCCUGCAUUCCCAAAGCACAGAUACGCGCUCGGAUUUCUGCCAUGGCCUUUGCCUUUGCCAAAGAAAACCGAACUGAAGCUCAUUCCUCGAACAGCACACACGUGCAUGAUAUGGAUGCUUGGUUGAAACUCCUCCAUCGUGUAGAUUCGAGACCUGCCUCUGGUGUGCAGGCCGUGUCGUUAGUCGAUACGGCUGUUGUGCCACUCGCGAAACUCACAUUCACCAAACAAAUUGGACCAGAGGCCCUGAUGAAGGCUCUACUGACGACUCUGGUGCAAAGGGGCGCUGUGAAAGGUGUCUCAGUAGAACAGGUAUUUGAUUUCGUUGCUGCUUGCGUCUCUCCGCCAAAACCACGACGACGCCGUUCAAGCCCCAUCGAUCAACUUCUCGAGAACGUCAUCCUACGGAUGCAUGCCGAGUCCAUACCAUACGGUGGCCUACUAGAGCUCGCUCUCCCACUCAUCGUCCGAUACGCCCGCAUAGACCCAAUACUCGAAUUCCUGCACAUGAUGGAGGAUCGCGGCCUCCCCCUCCACGACCGAGGAUUCAUAGACAAGCUCCUGAAAAAAACACUAUCCGCCUCGCAGAAUCCCAACGCCUCCCUCACAGACGCACAGCGCCAACGCCACGCCUUUGAACUCCACCUCUGCCAGAAGAUCCAAGCAGUGCUCACCCGCUUAGCCGCCGAAGCCCACACCGCACAGCAAGCCCUCCUCUCGCUCCAAGCACGCCGCGAAUUCCAACACAUCCUCGACCGCGCCCGCGACGCCCACGCCCUCCCCCUCGCCUGCCGCAGCCUAACAGCAGACAUCCCAACCGCACAACGCGUCGAGCUCAUCCACCAACUCGCCCACCACUACUCCCUCGACAAAACACACUCGCACCGCGAAUCCUGGCGCGCUAUGUACUACCUGUACCACUACCUGCAGCGGCACUCGCUCCCCAUCGGCCCGCUCUUCACAAAAGCCGUCGUCCAGGUCUCGCUCGUCCGGCCGCUGUCGGAGAACCGCUUCGUCAGUGCCCGCCGCUUGAUCUGGGUGUGUCGAUUAGUGGCGCGCGUCGAGGGCGAGCCCGUGGCGAGGGAUAUCGAGAGUGCGUUUUGGCAGUGGCGUGGCGAUUUGAUUCGUCAUGCUAAGUGUGUGUUUGUGGGCGUUGGGGGGAGUCCGCAGGAUAAGGCGCAUGUGGGUACUAUGAAGAGGUUGGGCUUGAUUUGAUGGAGAUGGAGAUUGGACGGUGGGGUCUGGAUUGACCGAUCGCCGUGCUCUCAGGUCGAGGAUGGAUAGGAGUUGGCAUGGUGGAACCAGGCAUCCGCCUACAGGUCGCGUCGGAGAUGGACAGACAUGGUGUAAAGACCAAAAAGUAGCAUAAAAGCCCAAAAACAAAGACACUACAAAAACACCCAUAUCUCCACAACAGAAGAAUUAAGCAUUACAACGACAUCUAGAAUCUAUAC